AGCGACCUCAACAAGGGAAACUUUAUUGUUCCCGUGCGGCGGCGCCGGGCGACGAUGUCGGUGAAUUAUGCAGCAGGGUUGUCGCCUUACGCGGAUAAGGGCAAGUGCGGGCUGCCCGAGAUCUUCGACCCACCAGAGGAGCUGGAACGCAAAGUGUGGGAGCUGGCCCGGCUGAUGUGGCAGUCCUCCAGCGUGGUUUUCCACACGGGCGCCGGCAUCAGCACCGCCUCUGGCAUCCCCGACUUCAGGGGCCCCCAUGGCGUGUGGACCAUGGAGGAGCGUGGCCUGGCCCCCAAGUUUGACACCACCUUCGAGAAUGCCCGGCCCUCGAAGACCCACAUGGCCCUGGUUCAGCUGCAACGCAUGGGCUUCCUCAGCUUCCUGGUCAGCCAGAAUGUAGACGGGCUGCACGUGCGCUCGGGCUUCCCUAGGGACAAGCUGGCAGAGCUGCACGGAAACAUGUUUGUAGAGGAAUGCCCCAAGUGUAAGACGCAGUACGUGAGAGACACAGUUGUGGGUACCAUGGGCCUCAAGGCCACAGGCCGACUCUGCACCGUGGCCAAGGCGAGGGGACUUCGGGCCUGUAGAGGGGAGCUGAGGGACACCAUUCUGGACUGGGAGGAUGCGCUGCCUGACCGGGACCUGAUGCUAGCUGACGAGGCCAGCAGGACCGCAGACCUGUCUGUCACCCUGGGUACCUCCCUGCAGAUACGCCCCAGCGGGAACCUGCCCCUUGCCACUAAGCGCCGUGGAGGCCGUCUGGUCAUUGUCAACCUUCAGCCCACAAAACAUGACCGCCAGGCUGAUCUGCGCAUCCACGGCUACGUGGAUGAGGUGAUGUGCAGACUCAUGAAGCAUCUGGGGCUGGAGAUUCCCUCCUGGGACGGACCCUGCGUGCUGGAGAAAGCCCUGCCGCCUCUGCCACGCCCAGUAGCACCCAAGGCCGAGCCCCCUGUGCACCUCAAUGGUUCAGUGCAUGCUUCCUUUAAGCCCAACAGCCCAAUACCCCACAGGCCCCCCAAAAGAGUGAAGACCGAGGCUGCCCCUAGCUGACCCGAGUGUGUGGGGCGGCGGGAAGGGUACUUGAAGGAACCACACGUUGUUUUUUUUUUUUUUGGUUUUUUUUGUUUUUUUAAUUCUAAGGACUGAGCCCAGGUUUGCAUAUCGCACACCCUGGCCUCUUUUCAGAUUUUUCUUUGAGACCAGGGCUUCCUAAGUCACUCAGGCUGGCCUGGAACUCACUGCUAUAGCCCAGGCUGGCCUGGAGCUAGCCCUGCCUGCCUCAGCCUCCACUGUAGCAGGGAUGGUGGGUAGGCACACCACGCCCAACACAGCUCCUUCCUUCCAAGCCUCACUGUGUCCCUUGUCCAGGUCCUUCCAAGGAAUCUCAGGGCACGGGGAGUCCCACACUAGUGGAAGAGGCUGUGUCCCAGAGAUCCACGUGCCUUUCCACCAAUCACACCCCACCUGUGACUCAGGAUGUGCCCGGAGCGGCAACCACACACUCCACACACCACCGCUGCUGCCCCCUGCACACACACCCGGACCCCCGACACAGAGCCACCAAGGGCCCACCCAUGCAUAGGAGAGAAAGGGGCCCACCAGGCACCCAUCUGUGCUGAGGGCCCCAGGCUUCCAAUCCUCCCAAUGCAAUAAAUGAAAAAUUCCUUUCACUCUUUUA